UCGCGAGGCUGGGUUCACCGCGUCAGCCGUAGACCGGUUACGGUUACCCUCCUCCUAUCCGAACGACUCGACUUUGUCCACCCACUAAAAAGUAGAACACGAAAGCGCCAUUGCUGAGAGUAACCUCUCACGAGCGAGAACCCUAAGGAAUCCAUGGAGUGCUUCAUAUAACACCCGACAAUGGCGUCCAUUCUCACUCCCCCAACCCCUCUUCUACUCUCUAAACCCUCUCACCCUCUCCUCUUCCCCCGUAUCCUCUCCUCUCCUCCGCUGGGAAGGGGCAGCGCCGUGGGGAGACCCCGCUCUCCCCUUCCGCUUACGAGGUGUUCGUCGAAAGGCCUCGGCGCUGCCGACGAGGAGAUCUCGAGGGCGACGCUGUUGUGGCGAGCCGCGAAGUUGCCCAUCUACUCCGUCGCCUUGGUUCCCCUCACUGUUGGCUCUGCCGCAGCUUAUCUCCAAACAGGCUUAUUCUUCGGCAAGCGCUACCUCGUGCUCUUAGCUGCAUCUGCUCUUGUCAUUACUUGGCUCAAUCUGAGCAAUGAUGUUUAUGACUUUGAUACUGGGGCAGAUAGAGACAAAAAGGAAUCAGUAGUCAACAUCAUUGGGAGAAGUCGAACAGUGACCCAAAUUGCUGCCUAUAUUUGUCUUGCGCUCGGCUUUAUGGGGAUAGUCUGGGCAUUUGCUGAAGCCAGAGACACCCGCUUCCUUUUGUUAAUAACUUAUGCAAUUAUUUGUGGUUAUGUUUAUCAGUGCCCUCCAUUCCGAUUAAGCUAUCAAGGACUCGGGGAACCAUUAUGCUUUGCUGCAUUUGGUCCCUUUGCGACUACAGCAUUCUAUUUCUCCAAUAGCAGCAAAAAUUUAUUGAGUGGAACAGGUCUUCUUCCUUUAACCAGAACAGUUCUUAGUGCAUCUGUCCUUGUUGGUUUAACAACCACCCUGAUUCUUUUCUGCAGCCAUUUUCAUCAGAUUGAUGGAGAUCUAGCUGUUGGGAAAAUGUCUCCCCUGGUGAGAAUUGGCACUGAAGCAGGCUCAAGAAUAGUGAAGUUUGGAGUAACGUCACUUUAUGUUCUCUUGCUGGUUUUUGGCUUAUCCAAAGCUCUACCAUCAACAUGUGUUUUCCUCUGUGCUCUAACUGCUCCAAUGGGAAAACUGGUUGCCGACUUUGUUGAACAAAAUCACAAUGAUAAUAUCAAGAUCUUCAUGGCUAAAUACUACUGUGUGCGGUUGCAUGCUAUAUUUGGAGCUGCAUUAGCUUUUGGGUUUUUCUUAGGUAGAAGGGGAAUAACAGGGUGACAGGUGAAAGGAUGGAACAGCUACUCAUGAAACAGAUUUAACCAUCUUCUUCUCUAUCAGCUCUUCUUCAAUUCUCGUAAGUUCUUCAACCAAUUAUCGGAUGCUUGUGGGGUUCAUCUCUUUGAUUAUACGUUUGGAGUUUUCAUGUGGGGUUCAUCUCUUUGAUUACACGUUUGGAGUUUUCAUCAUGCUUAAGAUUUGUAUAUGUAUAUGUUUUGCGACACAAAGAUUGAUCUUGUAAUUCAAGAAGCAUAACAAAGCAUAGAAAAAGUCCCUGUCGGAAAUAGCUAUCUUGUAUACAACAUAGAAGGCAUCUUCAAUACCCAAAUUUCAUCGGCUUUUUUCGGUGCAUC